GUGAAAUUAAGAAACCAAAAUCCAGAUUGAUUCUCAAUUUCGUCAUAAAGAAGUAAACUGCACAAAAUUAAGAACCAGAAAACCUUCAAUUGCAAAAUCCAAUUUAAAUCCCUAAAAAGGAAAAGAAUUUCUUAUAGGAAAUGAACGCAUCACAGUUUAUGGACAAGCAGAUAAUGGAUUUAACGUCAUCGUCAAUUACGCAACCAACGCUGCACGUUUCAUCGUCACCGCCAAGACAAAGCAACAGCUGCGUCAAAGACGACGACAUUGAUCUAGUGAAUCGUCAACAGGAAAACGAUCCACGUCAGCAGCAGCAACAACAGCAGAGUAUGUAUGAUAUGAAUAGCAUAAUUAGCGGCGACAAUGCGAUUAAAAAGGAAGAGAUCGUCGCUAGUUACGAUUUCCAGCCAAUUCGACCUACUAUUUCGAGUAGUCCAGAUUCUUCUGCUCUUGCUAGGGUUUGGAUUUCUACUGAUUAUAAAUCUAAUUCCCCUACUGCAUCUACACUCAGACAUUAUGGUUCUUUGGAUUCCAUUGAACCUGCAAAAGUCGUCGUUGAGAAUGAUCGAAGUGCUUUUGAUGCAGCGAUAGUGUCUGAGAUUGAUAAAACGAUGAAGAAGCAUACUGAUAAUUUGUUACAUCUUCUAGAAGGUGUUAGUGCACGACUGACACAGUUGGAAAGCAGAAGCCGCUGCCUUGAGAAUUCUGUGGAUGAGUUGAAGGUGUCUAUUGGUAACAAUCAUGGAAAUACAGAUGGGAAAAUUGAACAGGUGGAGAAAGUUCUGUUAAAGCUGCAAGCAGGAUUUGAGGUUUUAAAGGAUAAGCAUGAGAUAUUUGAGGCUCAGCUGAAACUUGCAGGACUGCAAGUGUUCAAGGCUGAUCAUCAACAAUCAGUGAUCCAAAACUCUGGGCACAUGGACACUAUGCAGCAAGCAGCAUCUGCUCCUCCCCAGUCUCACCAACAUCUUCCUCCUGUCACUUUUCCACAAUCUAUUCCUCCUGUUCCUGUUCCACCUUCUGCAGUCCCUCCUCCACCAAUCGCUCAACAAAGUUUCCCACUUCCCAACCAAUUUCCACAGAGUCAAAUUACCCCCAUCCCUCAGAAAGAGCCUUACUAUUCAUCACUUGGUCCAAUUCAAGAAACCCAAAAUCCACAGUACCAGAUUACUCCGACACAACAGCCACAGCCCUCAAGUGCAGCACCGUCACACCAACCAUAUGAACCUGCCCCUCAACAACAGUACUCUCAGCCACCUCAGUUAUCUCAAUCCCAAACUUCAGUUGGUCACCAUCCUGUGGAGACACCAUACAAUUCCUCUCAGAGUUACCCACCAAGCUUACGCCAGCCAUCUAGUGGGGCUCCUCCUUCCCAGCAGUAUUAUGGGGUUCCUUCCCACAUUCUUGAUCACUCGAUCAAUAGACCGAGUUCAGGGUUUCCUGCUGGAUAUGGCUCACCUUCUGGGCCUACUGAACCAUAUCCUUCUGGUGGUUCACCUUCUCAAUAUGCUAGCAGCCCUACAAGCAAACCACCCCAGCUCUUUUCUCCUGGUAUAUCUCAGAGUAGUGGGAGCGCAUACCCCCAACUUCCCACUGCUCGGAUUUUACCACAUGCUUUACCUACUGCUUCUGGAACUGGUGGUGGCUCUGGUUCUUCUGGAACUGGAAACAGGGUUCCCAUUGAUGAUGUGGUUGACAAAGUCAGUAACAUGGGAUUUCCAAGAGAACAUGUCCGAGCAACUGUGCGAAAGCUGACAGAGAAUGGCCAAGCAGUAGAUCUGAACACUGUGUUGGAUAAGCUGAUGAAUGAUGGAGAAGUCCAGCCCCAGAGAGGUUGGUUUGGUCGGUAACAUGUCAUUUAUUCAUAAUGAUGUAUAGAGUCGCCGUGUGUUUCUGGACUGAUUUUGGCAAGAGAAACUAUCGGGCUGGAGGAUUUCUUUCUCUAUUUUAUUCUUUGGUGGUGUGGUGGUGGUUUAAUUGCUCCUGCAUGUUUCUUCCAUUCUCACUUUUUUAUACCCUGGUAUACUCAGGUAGUUAUGAGGUCUCUAUCAGGCUUGUCUUGUAUAGCACUGCUUUUGUGACUUAAUAUCUUGAUUCUGAUUUGUGUAUACAUAAUAACCUAAAGAGGCUUAGCAACUGUUUCA